AUGACUGCACUAGGCGGGCUCACUUAUGAUAUUAGGGACCCUUCGACUCACAAGAUUGCAUGCUACUUUGAGCUAGAUAUUUAUGAUCUUCUUUGUACUAUGGCACACAAGCCAGAUUUUGUAGAUGAGGAUGCCAUCAUGUUAGACAAGCAAAAGGCUCUUCCCCGGGACACAAAAGUUCAGGAUUAUUAUUUCCGAAACCUCGAGUUGAUUCCUGGCUUUCCAUUUCGGGAGUUCCAAGGUGCUUCCGCAUUUAAAGACAAUGCAGAUACUCCUAAUACAUUGCAUCACAAUGUUACCAAGAGGUUUCUCGAUUUCAUAAAGCGUGCACCACCGGAGAUCCGUACAAAUGUUUUUGCGCAAAUACCAACCAAAAGAGUUGCGGAAGAUGAUGAUUAG